AGAAAAAAUAUACGAGUUAUUGAAUAAUGUCUUGUAGUUAUGCCGAUGGCCUGUCACCUUAUGAUAAUAAGGGUGUCCUGGGGCUCGAGGAGAAAUAUGAGAGUUCGGAGACCCUGAGGCUUAAAUGCGGACUCCUGGCGGACUGGAUCCAAGGGGCACGUCAUGUCGUGGUGCACACAGGUGCAGGAAUCAGUACUGCAGCUGGAAUUCCUGAUUUCAGGGGACCCAAUGGGGUCUGGACCCUCGAGCAGAAGGGGCUGAAGCCCGAGAAAGGGGUAUCCUUCGAUGAUGCCAUCCCCACGAAGACUCACAUGUCUCUGAAGCGAUUGAUCGAGUGUCAGAAAAUAAAAUUCAUUGUCAGUCAAAAUAUCGACGGUCUUCAUCUUCGCUCUGGUGUUUCUAGACAGUAUCUCGCUGAGCUGCAUGGCAACAUGUUCGUUGAGCAGUGCGACAAGUGCGGAAGACAAUUCAUCCGUCACUUCGCAACGACGAGUGUUGGAAAAAAAUGUCUGGACACAGUGUGCAGAUCUGAGCAAAUCGGUGGUCGUCCCUGUCGCGGUCGUAUGCACGAUACAAUCCUGGACUGGGAGCACAAUCUCCCGGACAACGACCUGGCGCUAUCAGACCUGCACUCGAGCGUCGCAGACCUGAGUAUCUGCCUGGGUACAACCCUCCAGAUAAUUCCCAGUGGAAAUCUCCCCCUGUACACUAAAAAAUACGGUGGACGGCUGGUGAUAUGCAAUCUCCAGCCGACGAAGCACGACAAAAAGGCCGACCUGGUGAUCAAUGGAAAUGUCGAGGAGAUUAUUACGAAUGUAAUGAAAAAAUUGGGACUGGAAAUUCCAGAGUACUCGACAGAUUUUGAUCCAACGAGGAACUCUGAUCUCUCGUCGGCGGAUCUCGACUGGACGAUUCCCUCCAGUCGAAUUAAGGAGAUGAAGGUCCUCUACAAGAAGGUAUGCAAGCCGACGAAACGCAACAGGAAGACUUUCAUGUACGAGAGGGAGAGGGAGUGCGAAAAACCAGCGAAAGCGAGAAAAAAAUCACUCCCCAUUAAGAAAGAGGAAAUGAUCAAGGUCAAGGAGGAGAGCCCCAUGGAUUCAUCUGAUAUCAAGCAGGAAGUCGUUGACAAUGAGGGCGACAUCAUCUAACGUUAAUUAUUUCAUUUGCUUUUUCACUGUUGGGCAAUCUUUGAGUAUUACAAAUAAUAAUUAUUGUAAUAUCGUAGUAGGAAUUUGUUCAUCAGAUUUUAUUCGGUUUUUAUUGAGAAUAUUUCUGCGAGAUUCUGUCUUCAGGGGAAAUAUCCCCAGGUGGAAUUUUCCAUGAGAAUAAUUCUCUCAACGAUUUUUCCCCGCAAUAGAAAAAAAUUUCAGAAUGAAAAAUAUUCUGCAAUUGCUGGAACCAUUGUUCGAUGAAAAAA